AAGUGGCCAGAUAUAGAUGUUGUCUUUGUUGAAUCAUGGUUUAUGAUGUCUAGUGUAUUUUGUAAUCACUUCGUUUAUAGAAGAUUGCGGAAGUUAUGAGUAGUAUGUCGGACGAGUAGAAAGGCAGUGCACCUGCUUCGAACUAGCCAUUAGCAAUUGCUUGUGUAAUGUUAGCUAGCUAGCUGGCUAACACACUAAACUGUUCACACUCCACUGAGCCAUUGGUCAAAUCGGAUUACUGGAUACUGCAUAAUAUAAGCAGUCUUCUGACUAACAGACUUCGCUUUCACUGUGAUUUUCCUGUGAUUACAUACAGAUAAUCAUGGGCAAACGAAAAGUGCCGGAUUUGUAUCGUGCCCCUUUCCCUCUCUACACUGUUAAAGUCGAUCCGAAAACUGGACUCAUCAUUACUGCUGGAGGGGGCGGAGCAUCCAAGACCGGCAUUAAGAAUGCAGUGCAAUUCCUUGGUUUAGAGCUAGUGGGAAGCCAACACAGUGCCACUCUGCUGCACUCUCAUGACACAGGAUCAUGUGCCACUAUGAACAUGGCACUGGGAGGAGAUGUGAUCGCUGCUGGACAAGAUGGCAACUGCAGAGUGAUGCGCUUCAGACAACAAGGUCCUAAAGAGGGACGAUCAGCUGCUCUAAAGGAUGGAUCUGGGGACCAGGGAAGUGCCAGGAGGAGAGGGGCAAAAAGCCAGAAUGGUGGUGGUGGUGGUGAUGCUGCUGGUGGUGGGGAUCCCCAGACGAAGGACAGGUCUGUGCAGAUAUUAGUAGACAAAGUUGGAAAGGUGCAGUCAGACCUCAGCCCUCAGGACCCGCUGCAGAAGUGUGUGCGCUUCAGCUCUGACCUGAAGCUGCUUCUUACAGGAGGAGCCGACGGUUAUGUGAGAGCGUGGGAGUAUCCCUCCUUGAAAGAGAAGUUGAACUUCAAAGCUCACCAAGAUGAAGUAGAAGAUAUAGACAUCAGCCCUGAUAACAAGCGCAUCGUCACAGCAGGGCGAGAUUUUGCAUGUAGUGUAUGGAGUGAUGAUCAGCUCAUGCUGGGUUUACGUUGGCAUGACCACAUGCCCCAUAUUACAGAGAAGAUGUAUCGCUACCAGUCCUGUCGGUUUGCUAAGGUCGAGGACCAAAAAGAUGCAUUAAGACUGUACACGGUCCAGAUUCCACACAAACGAGAGCGUAAACCACCACCAUGCUACCUCACAAAAUGGGAUGGCAGGACCUUCUUGCCCUUGCUAAUUAAGCCAUGUGGCAAUGAAGUGAUAUCCUGUUUGAGUGUGAGUGACUCUGGAACCUUUCUUGGCCUCGGUACAGUCACAGGAUCAGUAUCCAUCUAUAUCGCAUUCUCACUGCAGAGGCUGUACUAUGUACAGGAAUCCCACGGCAUUGUGGUGACAGACCUAGCGUUCUUGCCUGAUGCCCCCAAAAGCAAACCUGUAAAGGGAAAUAAUGAAGUAGCCAUGCUGAGUGUGGCUGUAGACAGUCGCUGUCAGUUGCAUACCAUGGCCAACCGGAGAUCUGUUCCGAUAUGGCUGGUGUUGUUCCUGUGUAUUGCUCUGCUUGUGGGUGUCAUCCUGCUCCUGCAGCAUUUCUUCCCAGGGUUCAUUUAAAGAUAUGGCCGAACAGAGCGAACCUCUCUUGCUACCAAGGAGCAGUUUGGCUUUCACAGCUUUUCAGCAAAACGAAUAGAACACAAUCUAAUAUCGAGCAUGGAGUAAUUGUACUUAUGGUGAACUUUCUGAUAUUGGAUCAACAUUUUAACUGAAGAUUCAUCUCAGGAACAUGCAGUUAUGCUCUUAAUAGUUAGGAAUGAAGAAGUGGGGUUUUUACUCUGUGACCGGAGCCAUCUUUUGUCUGUCCAUGUGUCUACGAUCAUCUUUUCAGUGCUAAUACCUGCAUGUACAACAGACUACACAGUAAGAGGAAAAUUACUUUUGGGAAGGUCUCAUGGACCUCAACAUCUGUUCAUCCUGCAGAUACUGUAUAAUGCCUUUAAUGUAAUACAUGGAGAAAGACACAUCAUGGGAUAAUUUGAAUUAUUUAAGCUAGAUGGAAAUGUAGAAUUAUGGGGGGAAAAAACAACUUUGAGUCUGUCAGGUGCCUUUAUCACUCUAAUGCUGUUUGACCCAGUGGAAGUAUAUUUCUGUCGUUAUCAUGCUACAGUUUGUGCGCAAUUAAUGAAAUGUGAUCUGUGUCAGACAAAUAAGGUUUACAAUGGAUUUAAAACAAACAAACAAAAAAACAUUAAUAAACAUGCAGUUCAUAUUUAUUUUGAAAUUCAUUAGUGUGCUACUUAAACAAUUUCAUGAUUACUUGUUCAUAGCCCCAGUAAUGUAUUUAAAUACAUCGUUUGUUAGAAUAUUUUAUAUUUUUUGAAUUAUUUUCCAUUAUACUUUAUCAUAAUUGGCAGAAAAUUACAUUUAAAAAAAUGAUGGUAAUAACUAAUAUGGAAUAAAAAAAAUAAUACUUCAUGAUUGAACUUAA